CUCUCUCUCUCUCACACACACACAGAUUCAUCUUGGUCUUGAGACAUCAAAGAUGAAAGGAGGGUUUGAAAUGGUUCAAGGGGCUCUUGAAAUAAUCCAACCCCAUGAACAAUGGGACUACCCAACUGUUGGAUUUGCAGGGGCUAGUUCAAACCCAUACUCAAAACCCAUAAUUGAGAACAGGUGCACAAACUUGGAGAGGAAUGAACUGUCCGAGUGGGUGGAGCAUGUCACAAAGCAGCUCAUCGAAGACUUGCCGGAAACCGGCACCGAUAACUUGCAGACAGACAUAGCCAUGGUGUAUGAGGACAACUUAGUCCCGGCCCUGUUGAGUGAGUUGAGACCCAGAAAAAUUCAAAGAAGAAACUAUUGUGAUGAGCUUGAAGAUCAUCACCAAACUAAUUUCACAGAGAUCAAAGGAAUGAAUAGGCUAGAUGAGCAGGGUUUAAGCCUAAUAACUCUUCUUUUGGAGUGUGCAGUGGCUAUAUCAGUUGAUAAUCUAGGUGAAGCUCAUAGAAUGUUACUUGAGCUUACCCAAAUGGCUUCCCCUUAUGGCCCUUCUUGUGCUGAAAGAGUUGUGGCUUAUUUUGCUAAGGGCAUGGCCAGUAGGGUUAUAAACUCAUGGUUAGGUAUUUGCUCUCCGUUGAUCGACCACAAAAGUGUUCAUACUUCCUUCCAAGUGUUCAACAACAUCUCACCCUUCAUCAAAUUUGCUCACUUCACCUCUAACCAAGCCAUUCUUGAGGCUCUCCACCGCCACGAAAGGGUUCAUAUUAUAGACCUUGAUAUCAUGCAGGGGCUUCAAUGGCCGGCUCUCUUUCACAUACUAGCUACUCGCAUGGAGGGUCCUCCACAAGUGAGAAUGACAGGAAUGGGUACUUCAAUGGAGCUUUUGAUUGAAACAGGAAAGCAACUCUCAAGUUUUGCAAAGAGGUUAGGAAUGUCAUUUGAGUUCCACCCAGUUACCAAAAAGUUUGGUGAUGUUGAUAUUUCAAUGCUUCAGAUCAGGAGAGGUGAAGCACUUGCAGUGCAUUGGCUUCAACACUCUCUCUAUGAUGCCACUGGCCCAGAUUGGAAGACAAUGAGACUCCUCCAAGAACUAUCUCCUAGAGUUUUAACAUUGGUGGAGCAAGAUAUCUCACAUGGAGGGUCUUUUCUAGACCGAUUCGUUGGUUCACUCCACUACUACUCCACCAUGUUUGAUUCUCUCGGGGCACUUUUCCCGAGUGAUGACUUAAACCGACAUCGCGUUGAGCAAUCUCUUCUUUAUAGGGAGAUUAAUAACAUAUUAGCGAUUGGCGGACCGGCCCGGAGUGGGGAGGACAAGUUUAGGCAUUGGAGGAGUGAGCUUGCAAGAAAUUGCUUCAUGCAAGUUCCAAUGAGUGGAAACUCCAUGGCUCAAGCACAGCUAAUACUCAACAUGUUUCCUCCUGCUCAUGGUUAUAGCCUUGUUCAAGGAGAUGGGACACUUAAACUAGGGUGGAAGGACACUAGCUUGUACACUGCUUCUGCUUGGACUGCACAUGGGUCUAGAUAAUUUAUUUUAAAUGUGCAUGGUUUUGUUUGUUUUUAUUAUAGUGGUUUGGUUAAACUUGUGUAUGUAGUCUCAAACACUCAAACAUGGAUUUAAUGUAGACCAGGGAUAUGAUGGUUUUGACACAAUAACCCUUAAGGGGGGUAUUGAGGUCAUUU